UCAUACAGCCUCUGGUUUAUAAAGUUCCUGAUUUUGUUUGUGUGUAUAUUUUUUGUGCGAUAAAAAAUAUGAAUUUAAAUAUUUUAAUAUUAAGUUUAAUUGUUAUCAAUGGCGUCGUAUUUGGUCAUGAAUGUGAGGGAUCCGAUACGGUAACGUAUGUCGAUGAGAUUGUUAUUCUUAAAAAGAUUUUUAACAACUUGAAUGACCUUAAAAAUGGCCUUGAGCAGUGUAACUCAAGAUUUGAAGAAUACCAAAAUAGCUUUGAGAGUAUAGUAAAUGAUUCAUCUAUAUUCGACAUACGUUAUGAUGAAUUUCCAGCCAAAUGUAAAACCAAUGUCCUUCCAAAAAGUUGUGCCGAAGCCACCUCCUGUACACAGCGUAGUGGCAUAUAUAAAAUUCUCUUGCCCAAAUACAGCAGUGAACCAUUUUUGGUCGAGUGUGAUGUUAAAACUGAAGGUGGCGGCUGGAUUUUAAUACAAAGACGACAAGAUGGUUCUGUGGAUUUCUAUCGUAAUUGGAGCGAAUAUCAAAACGGUUUCGGCAAUAUUGAAGGAGAAUUCUUUAUCGGUCUAAACAAGUUGCAUGCCCUAACCAAUUACAAUGGACCACAGGAGUUAUUGAUCGUUUUGGAAGAUAAUAACGAAAUUAAACAGGCGAAAUAUAGUAAUUUUGUUGUUGGCAAUGAAAGUGAAAUGUAUGCUUUGAAGCAUUUAGGAGUUUAUUCGGGAAAUGCUGGCGAUUGUUUGAUAUCGCAUUUGGGCAUGAAAUUUAGCACCAAAGAUCGUGAUAAUGAUGAGUAUGAAUCGAAUUGUGCAGAAGUUUAUACUGGUGCUUGGUGGUAUAAGAAAUGUCACGUAAGCAAUCUUAAUGGCAAAUAUGGCGAUACAAAUUAUGCUAAAGGCAUUACAUGGCAAUCAUUCCGCGGCUAUAAUGUCUCGAUAAAACAUGCAAAAAUGAUGAUCAGACGGCGACAAUUCUAAAACAAGUAAAAAAUUAUAGUCGGGCGAGGCCGACCAUAUAAUACCUACACCUUUUACAAAAAUAAAAUGUGAUUUAGUUGUCAUAAUAAAAUAUUUAAAUUGAAUUGUA